ACAGAGGAUGGUGGAGAGCCAGGAGUGGACAGCUCAGUCCCUCCGUCUGUGGUGUCCUUUCACCUGGUCAGCUUCAGGCUUGGGAAUGUGCACACGACCCAGGGGGAGAAGAGUGGCUCCAGGUCCUGCUUACACUUAGGUUGGGGUUGGGGCCUUCAGCCCACACUGACAGGUUAGGGGGGCUGCAUUCAAGUGUCCCCAUAGCCCUUCCCUUCCCAACCAGGAUGCUGGCAGGUCAGCUCAAGGCUGGCACCCACCAGGGCACCCACCCAGAGGACCCAUGCCCGGGAGCUGGGGCUGUUAUGGAGAAGACAGCUGCGGCAGCUGAGGUCCCCACAGAGGACUGCAACGCCGGGGAGACGCCACCAUUACAGCAGCAGAUCAUCAGACUCCACCAAGAGCUCGGGAGACAGAAGUCUCUGUGGGCUGAUGUUCAUGCAAAACUCCGGAGUCGUAUACAUGCUUUGAGGAAGCAGAAGGUAGAGCUCCAAGAAGAGCUGAGAUCUCCGCAGCUGCGGCAGUGGGAAGCCAGGCAGAAAUCUGCAGCGUCCCCACAUGCGGGGCAAGAAUCACGCGCUCUGGCAUUGGAACCCGCUUUUGGAAAAAUUUCACCUCCGUCGGCUGAUGAAGAGACAAUGCCCAAAUACGCUGGCCGCAAGAAUCAGAGUGCCACUCUCCUGGGACAAAGAUCGUCAUCUAACAAUUCAGCUCCUCCAAAGCCAUUGAGUUUAAAGAUAAGAAGAAUUAACUUGUGGAAAACAACACCACAGGAAAAUAGAGAUAAAAGUCUUUCCGGGAGAUGUCAAGGCAGAAAAGCAACACCCACUGGAAGGCCGACUCCCUAUGCAGAGAGACGGAGGGUGUCUGAAGAUGGAAAGGUGGCCUCGGACACCUGUGUCACUCUACACUGGCUGAAUGGAAAAUUCAGAUUCAGAGAAAGUUCCACUUAGGUCUAAUAAAAGUACUCAAUUUGUUAUUCAAAA